AAAAAGUUUAACAAGUUUUCGUGUUUUCCGUGCCAGUAGAUUGACAGACUUUCAUCUAGUCGCAUAAAUUGAUUAAAAAAAAUAAUAAGUGUUUGCAAAAAUAGGUUUGUGAUGAAAGUGGCUGAUAGUGUUGAAGGAGUAUAAUUUUGUUUAUCGCUAGACCUACGAAGAGUAAAAAUGAGCGAAAAAACAUCUCCGGACACUGUACCUGGAUUAGGAUUCAAGGAUAAGGAAAAGGCUCUUGAAACGCUCAAGAAUUUAGAGGGCAGAGAUCCCGAUUACCAAAAAUUGGCCAUCAAGGGACUCGUAGGCAGAGCUAAAAGAACUUUAACGUUAACAAAAGCAGAAGAAAAAGUACAAAAUAUCAAAGAUGCGUUAGAAGUUUUCGAAAAUUGGCUCAAGGAGUUCGACUUGAAUGACACAGGGAAAGAGAACAGAGCCUAUUUGCCACUAGGUACAAUAGAAUCCCUUGAUUUGUUGAAAGAAAAGUAUAACGUCGAAGACAAAAAAGCUGAGGCAUUUUUGGAAGCUUAUAAAUCUGUCGGGGGCGAUUAUAAGCACCUGAGGACCGUUGCAAGUGAAGAAAACGAGCCCACAUGGGACAUUGUAAGGAAUAAAAAGUUGAAAUCGCUUUUGACUAAAAUGAAAGAGGAAAAGUCUGAUUUAUGGAAAGAUGAUUUACCAACUAAAGAGCACUUAGAGUUGAUCUUGUGGGCUUAUAGUCCUGACGCCAAUCGUCUUAAAAAGGCUGUGCCAUCUAUCGAAGCAAAAUUGGGAAAGAAGAUGGAUACUGACAGUGAUGAAAAGGAAAAACCUUCUAAAAGAGGCGAAAAAAGGACUUCUGAGAAUGGAGAAUCCGAUAAAAAGGGCACCAAACGAAAAUCCGCCUCUAGAUCAUCUACCUCGUCUUCUUCGUCUGAUGAAGAAAGCCCUAAAAAGAAGAGCAGGGAAUAGUUUUAAUUUUUAAUAUCGUCUUUUGUGUCAUUUAUAUACGAAAAUUGUUAAUUACAAAUUACAAAGUAUCCUAUUCCUUAUGAAACGUUUUUGUAUUAAUAUUUUUUGUACAUUUUUGUUGUAAAUAUAUAAAACUUAAUCAACAA